CUCUGCCUUCCUGUCCCUUCUGCCGGUUGCUCUUCAUGCCUUCUCUCAGCGUCUCUGCAGACAAUUGUGGCACAUCACCUUCUGUUAAUGUCCGACACCUGUAUUGUGUGCUUAGGAGACCUUGGCGAAAGCGCCAGCGAUCCUCUUGCCGUCGCCGCCGAAGCCGCGCCAAGACUUGACCUCGGGGCAGAGGGCAAGUCGGCGGAUACCUCUCUCAACAACCAUGAUGGCGUAGAUGGCACAGAGGACUCGGGUCAGAUCGCUCAGCUCCUCCCUUGCGGGCAUAUCCUGCACAAUAACUGUCUGAAGCCCUGGGUGGAGCGAGCCAACAGCUGUCCGAUAUGUCGUCGGAGUUUCAAUAUGGUCGAACUAAGUGACCGCCCUGGUGGUCCCGUCACAUCCUCUUAUGCCGUGCAGGAUCGAGUUCAGCAAGCAGAAGUCGACCCCUCGAUGAUCAUUGAAUAUAUAGAUGAUGAUUUUGCCGAUUUUCAACCUUGUCCAAUCUGUGGGGAUGCGGACAAUGAAGAACUGCUUCUCCUCUGUGAUGGCUGUGAUGUCCCCUCUCACACAUAUUGUGUUGGCCUCGAUUCCGUCCCGACGGGUCCCUGGUACUGCGCACGGUGUGUGACGCAACGUCGCCUCGGGCGAUCUCCUGAGACUGCCGACUGGUCUUCCCAGUCACAAGACAGGCGUGGUCGUCGCACAAGAGCACAGCGACGCAGACUGCAGAGCAGGAACCAGCUCAAUUCGCUGCACUGGGCUCGCGUGUGGCAAUCUGUCUGGGAUCAUCUGAAUCUCGACUUGGACUUUCCGUUCGAUGAUGACAUGGCUGCGGAGCGCGCUCGACAAGAGCAGCGCAGGGAAGAAGCCCAUCAGCGUGAUUUCCGAGCCUGGCAACGUCGCUUUGAAGUUGCCGAACAGCAGGGUGGUGGCAAUCGGUUCCGAGACACUGCCGCUCUACUGGAUAUCGAGGCGCCUCGCCCGUCGCGGCCUCGCGUUCCUCGUGAGCCCACUCCAGAGCCCGAGUCCCUUGAAGAGAUGAGGGCCUGGAAUGCUUUCGAGCGUGCCCGCGAAAUAGAGAAUGACCCAAGCGCGGCCCGGAAACGUAAAGAACCUACGUUGUCGCCAUCCCCCGAACCUACCGAACCUGAACGCAAGUUGAAGCGGCCCCGAACACGAAGGGCCGAAGACCUGGCAGCUCGGGCGAUGCAGAAUGGUGAAUCAUCGAGAGCUGCUAGUGCGCAUGCCACCGCUCGGAUCAAUGCCGAGAGUUCGAGCGAACCGAGUUUCCUUCAAUCCCUCCUAAAGGAGGUGGAGGAAUCGUCCAACCCGAACGGGGUCACUUCCCAUGGCGCCUCCGGUCAAUCAUCCAUUGCGCCCACCGAUCAUACGACCCCAGGCCCCUCGUCGCCUUCUAUUUCGCCUGCCCCAUCUAACCAUUCUUCCCCGCGUCUGUCUUCCGUCACACCGCCUCCAACCCUCCGAAGCAGGCCCAUGUCUCCACUACAACUGGGGUCACCAGCAGACCCGUCCUCUCCACCUUUUUCGCCAGAUGUGUCGCCGGUUGGUUCUGCUCGCAGUGCCCAAGACGAUCACUCGUCGCAAGUCCCCACUCGCCGCCCAAAUCGUCGGAUACCUCGCUCUGCCACUCGAUCAGCGGCUAUCCGUUCCGACGACAGCUCUCCCAGUCGUCCCGGCUUAUCCCUCAAAGUCAAGUCUGACAUACAGAAGCUGGUCGGGUCAUCGCUUAAGCCUUACUAUCGCUCGAAGACCAUCACGAAAGAACAAUACACGGAAAUCAAUCGAAAUAUAUCUCGGAAGCUGUACGAGCGUGCGGGCGACGUUGAAACGCUCGGGAUCGGGGCCAAAGCCACGCUGGCUACCGUGGCCAAGGAUGAAGUGGAGAAGGCCGUUGAUGCGUUGAAGCAACGCCACGACCUCAAUGACUCUGUUGAUGAAAGCUCUUGAUACUUGAAUAGCGUCUUGCAU